UAGUAAGUUCCAUUAUAUUUUGAAGACAGAGUAAUUAUACCUUGAACCUUAGCUUUGCUUGUGCAGCCCUGGUCGCAAUCAGCUGUUAAAAAAACUUAAUAUUUGUUUGUUGAUUUCCAUAAAAUUGUUAAAGUAAAGAUGGAUUAUAAUAUACACAAAAUAUGUAGGGUUUGCCUAGAGGAGCUACAUCCUGUGACUUCAAUUUAUAGCACAGACUUUGCCAUGAUCCCCUCGGUUAUGUUGAUGCAAUGUGCCAAAAUAAGAGUUUUCAAAACCGAUGGCUUGCCUUCGGUAAUCUGCAACAACUGCAUUUACCGUCUGGGAGUUGCCUUCCACUUCAAACAGGAAUGUGAAAAUAGCGAUCUUCGGCUGCGGCAAUAUCUGGGCAUUCUAGAGUCUUGGCGUCAGGAUGCAGCCACUAACACGGACAUUGUUGAGAAACCUUCGCAUCUACAACGCUAUAGCGACGAGGAGGAGCCGGCGGAAAGCAAAGUGAGCAAGAGGCGAUCCCGAUAUCAAAGAAAGCCACCAGAGGAGCACAAGAAAAGAGGGCCCAAACCAGUGCCAAAGAUGCCCCACACGUGCUACGAAUGUCACAAAAGCUUCAAGUGUAUUGCUCAACUAACUCAACACAUAAGAACACACACAGGAGAGAAACCCUAUCAAUGCAGCUUCUGCAUACAAAGAUUCGCACAGAAGUACAACCUCAAAGUGCAUGAAAGGACUCAUACGGGCGACAAGCCAUUUCAAUGUGAAAUCUGCUCCAAACAAUUCUCGGCAUUGGGUAAUUUCCAGGCGCAUCAAAAAAUUCAUUUAGGAGUGCGGGAUCAGAUAUGCUCCCUCUGUCAAAAAGGUUUCUAUACAGCCGGUGAUCUAUCAAAACACAUGAUAACUCAUACGGGCAUUAAAAACCAUCAUUGCGAUGUCUGCGGCAAGGCCUUCAGUAGGCGAAGAGAUAUGAGAUCUCAUAAGAUAAAACUCCAUCCCCUCGAAUCUAGUACAAAUCAUGACAUAGUAGACGAUGAUGAUGACGAACCCAUAGACACGGAUCCUGUGGGGCUAGAUUCCCUGGAUCACUCCCACUUCAAGUGCCCGGAUUGCGACAAGGCUUUUGAUACGGCGGACAAUCUAAGUCUUCAUUUUCGAACACAUGCUGUUAACAAUAAUCUGCUAAAUCUCCCGCUUCCACCUGCACCACCUAUGUCGCAUCACUAUCAUCACGAUGCAUUGCAUCAUCUGGGACCACCGAAUCCUGCCACCCAAAUGGGAAUGGCUGCUAUGGCUCAUAUGUUGGCUCCACCGCCGCCUCCACCGCCCACGCCCAGCGAAGGGCGUUACACAAUGCUACACCAUACGGCGGCUCAGAGAUUACAUUACUGAAGUAUUACAAUAAUAUAAUUUUUAAAAGCCAUAUCUAUCGAGGUUGGGUAUUGGUGUUUAAUUAUCUAUCCAUAUUCAGUAUUUGUUUUUUAAUAUUGAACACUUUUAUUUAGUUUGUCUAUAUAAAAUGGAAAUAUCUUGUCAUGUCUGCUUUUAUAUCUUUACAAUAAAUACAUAUAGAAAUUUGGCAAGCACA